GCCCGGCGUCGCUGCUACGCAUAACAAGAGCGAUAGAAAACAGCGCAUGUAUUUCAGAAGCGACCGCCUUUAGCAUCCGCGAAAUGGUUGAUAUUUGCUGAUUCUACUAUUUUAUGGUGUCCAGCUUAAAAUAAUGAAGACGAGGAUGCUAAAAUUCGCCCUGUUUGUGAUUUUAGUUGUCAUUACUCGGACCAUCUGGGCUCAAGAAGGUGCAGGUAAUUGCGAUGCGGACGAGUUUCGCUGCCCCAAGGAUAACUCGUGCCUGCCCAUUACGUGGGUCUGUGAUAGCGAUAACGAUUGCGAUUACUGCCCGAACAACGCGACGGCGUGCGCAAACGGUUACGAUGAGCAAAACUGCACUGGGAGGACUUGCCCGACGAAUUACUUCCAGUGUGAGACGACAGGUCGCUGCAUAGUGCAGAGCUGGGUCUGCGACAAAUACGACGACUGUGGCGACUUCUCUGAUGAGCGACAGAACUGUCCUCCUCAGACGUGUGAGAGCACCGAGUUUCAGUGUACGAAUGGCUCGCGAUGCAUCUCAAAGAUCUGGACCUGCGACAACAAAACCGACUGCGAUGACGGCAGUGAUGAAGGCAUGAUGAACAAGUGUGUGUAUAGAGUAUGCCAGCAAGAUGACUUCCGAUGUAAUGAUACACAGUUGUGCAUUGAAAAGGAGAAAAAGUGCAAUGGCUACUUUGACUGCCGAGAUGAAAGCGAUGAAAAGGAUUGCGGCGAGGACCACAAGGCAUGCCAGACGGGCUACUUCCGAUGUGGCCACGGAAACAAAUGCAUUCCGAAUAGCUGGCUCUGCGACCGGGAUGAUGACUGCUCUGACGGGAGCGAUGAACCGUCAUCCUGUGCAUACCCACCGUGCGGAGAUGGCAAAUUCACCUGCCGAAACAACAAGUGCAUUCUGAACUCAUGGGUCUGUGAUGGCUGGGAUGACUGUGGAGACAUGACGGAUGAGCUGAAAUGUGGAAAACACACGUGUCCGGUUAACAAAUGGGCGUGUCCGAAUGAACCCGGCUGCAUCAAUAUCACGUCAAUUUGCGACGGCAUGAACGACUGCCCUAGCGGUGGCGACGAGAAGAACUGCAGUUCAACUGGCUGCAGUGACUUGUCAUGUGACUAUGAGUGCCGAGGGUCCCCAGAUGGUGGCAUCUGCUACUGCCAGAAAGGCUACCACGUUAGCCCUAUCAACAACCGUGUGUGCUUUGAUGUUAAUGAGUGCCAUGAGUGGGGAUAUUGUGACCAGAUCUGCACAAACCUAGAUGGCUCCUAUCGCUGCAGCUGCGUGGAUGGGUAUUUGCGGGAUAAGGACUUCUGCAAGGCUUUCAACAGCUCUGAGGUGAAAAUAAUCUACUCGAGGCGAGCUGAGAUAGUACUCAUGGACCGCAAUGCCAACCAUAUAAUGAAUAUUGCUACCAAUCACACAUACGCCGUCGGUGUAGACUACCAUUAUACCAUGGGAAAAAUCUUUUUCUCCGACUACGAUGAGAAAAAGAUCUAUUCAGUGAACAUCGAUGGGACAGAUGAGAAAGAGGUGAUAUCAGUAGGGCUUCAAAACCCUGUAGGCCUUGCUGUGGACUGGGUUGGAAAUAACCUAUACUACACUGACAGAACUGGCAAAAGAAUAGAAGUCUCAGAUUUGGAAGGAAAAUACAGGUCUGUACUCAUCACUGGAUUGGAGGGACCAAUGGAUGUAGUUGUGGAUCCUAGCACUGGGUACUUGUUCUUUGCCGAUCGAGGCAAAAAUAAUGGUAGUGUGUGGAGAGCCAACAUGGAUGGUACUGAUGUACAGCUGCUGGUUGGUACUAACAUCAUAUACGCCAGCAGUCUCACGUUGGACUACGUCACCAAGCGCAUCUUCUGGGUGGAUAACAAGAUCGAUUAUAUGCAGUCAUGCACAUACAGCGGUCAAAACAGUCAAGUGAUCCUCUCUGGGGGCAUUAACAUUCCGCACCCGUUUGGCAUCGCAACAUUCGAGGACAAGAUGUACUGGACUGACUGGACACGGCUGGGUGUAAUGGAAGUGAGGAAGUUUGGCGGUAAUAGCACAAUACGCGGUGUGCAUCUCAACCCCACGAGCCAUGUGAAACCCAUGGGUAUCGUGACGUACCAUGCUUACCGACAGAAGCCAGCUGAGAAUCCCUGCGGCACGGACAACGGAGGCUGCGCGCAUCUGUGCGUGCUCAGCCGCAGCGUUCCGAGCUCGAUCACCAUCGGCUACAAGUGCCGCUGCAGCAUCGGCUACAGCCUCGGCACGGACGAGAGAAGCUGCAUCGAAGAGAAGGAGUUCAUCGUCUUCUCGACGCAGACGACCGUUAACGGCAUCGGCCUGCCGAAGGGUCGCGAGGUGGUGCCGAGCACGGUCAUGAUGCCCAUCAGCAGCACGUUCUCCAACUUUGCGACGCUCGACGUGGACGUGCGCAAUCGCUGGAUCUACUACGCCGACACGCUCACCGACGUCGUGCACAGGAUCCGCCCCGACGGAACAGGUCGUGAAAACGUCACCAUGUCACGUAUACGCAGUGUAGAAGGUAUGGCCAUCGACUGGGUGUCACAGAAUCUCUACUUUACGGACCGUUACCACUCCACAUUGACCGUACUCCGGAUGGCUAACUUCACACAGAGAUCAGUCCUCAUGUCUAACCUGAAGAAACCAAGAGCUAUAGUUGUUCAUCCAAACAAAGGACUGCUAUUCUUCUCCGAGUGGGACCGGCCGGCGAACAUCUCGAGCGCGAACCUUGACGGCAGCAACCGCGUCGUCAUCCGCAACCGCGAGCUCGGCUGGCCGAACGGGCUCAGCAUCGACUUUACCGCCGACCGGCUGUACUGGUGCGAUGCACAGCUCGACCGCAUCCAGCACUGCCGCUUCGACGGCUCCGACGUGCAGACGCUCAACAUCAAGGUCGUGCACCCGUUCUCGCUCAUCGUCUACCAAGAUUUCCUGUUCUUCACUGACUGGCGACUGCAGGGUCUGCUGCGUGUUGACAAAACAUCUGGCUUCGGCCUACUCAAGAUUCACAAUGAAACAAAAGAGCGGCUCUUUGGCGUGAAAGUGUUCAGCGAUAUUCAGCAGCCAAUCAUGGAUAAUCAUCCAUGUGUAGGUGAUGUUAGUGGGUGCAGUCAUUUCUGCUUUCCUGUGCCGGACGGUUCCAACAGUAUCAAGGCUGUCUGUGGUUGUCCCAUGGGCAUGAAGUUUUCUGAUGAUAAGAAUAAGACCUGCGUCGAUGACUCGGCAUAUGUCAAGGAGAAGUUGUGCUCCCUGUGGCAGUUUGAGUGUGGUAAUGGGCGCUGUAUCAGCUUCUUCUAUAAGUGCGAUGGUGAUGAUGACUGCUAUGACAACUCUGACGAGGCAAACUGCACAGAGAUCACGUGUGCGGCGACGGACUUCAAGUGUGAGAACCAGCGCAAGUGCGUGUCCAGCUCCUCUCUCUGUGACAACCACAACGACUGCAGUGAUGGCUCUGAUGAGAUGAAUUGUCCGAAUAAAACAUGUCAGGGUGACCAGUACCUGUGCACGAAUGGCAACUGCGUCCCACGUACGUGGAUCUGUGAUACAGAGAACGACUGCAAGGACGGGAGUGACGAGGGUAGUUUCUGCAGAAACCACACAUGUGCAUCCACGUACUUUGUGUGUGAUAACGGCCGGUGCAUCAAUAAUGUGUGGGUAUGCGAUGGCGACAAUGACUGCUACGACAACAGCGAUGAGAAGGACUGCCCACCGGUCAGUUGUCGGUCAUUUGAGUUUACCUGUAGCGACCUUAAGCAGUGUGUUGCUCAGAGCGUGCGCUGCGACGGCCACAACGACUGCAACGACGCCUCGGACGAGAUCGGUUGCCCGACGCCAGAGAAAGGUAUGUGUCUAGCGACACAAUUUCAGUGUGGGUCAGGAGUCUGCGUGCCAUCGAGCUGGAAGUGUGAUGGCACACCGGACUGUGCUGAUGAUGCAGAUGAGAAGGACUGUGGUGUUGUGAGUUGCCCCGUAAACCAUUUCAAGUGUGACAAUGGUCACUGCGUGUACAAGGCAUGGGUGUGUGAUGGCUCGGAUGACUGUGGCGAUGGCAGCGAUGAAUCGGCACAACAUGGCUGCUCUACGGAUGAGUACACGUGUUCAUAUGAUAAGUGGAAGUGUCCAGGCCUGAAGACCUGCAUCAACCAGACGCAGGUGUGUGAUGGAAACAUUGACUGCCCCAACAGACUGGAUGAAGGACCUGGCUGUGAAUUGUCUGAUUGCAAAGCACAGCCUGUUGAGGCUGUCUGUAGCUACAAGUGCAUCGACACACCGACUGGACCACAGUGCUACUGUCCAAUGGGACAAAAGCUGAAUCAAACCACUUGUAUUGACAUGGAUGAGUGUGAUCCACCGGGCAGAUGCAGUCAGAUGUGUGAGAACCAGAAGGGCUCAUACAAGUGUUCCUGCACUGAUGGAUACGCCCUUUCUCCCGAUGGACGUUUCUGCAAGGCAGUCAAUAUCUCCGACGCAUACCUGGUCUUGUCGAAUCGUAAAAACCUCAUCAGGAGCAACAUGCGUCUUGAUAUGACCGAUCAGCUUCCGAUCCCAGUCAAGUACGCCGUGGCCAUCGGCUUUGAUGUGUUAGAGGAUAAAAUCUACUGGUCAGACAUGCAGGAGAAAGUGAUCAAGAAGGCAUUCACUAAUGGCAGUAAUGUUGAGACGGUCAUUGAUAGUGGUGUUGAUGUGACGGAGGCACUGGCCGUUGACUGGAUUGCUCGUAACCUCUACUGGGUCGACUAUUCCCUGGAAACCGUGGAGGUAGCCUCGCUGGAUGGCAAGUACAGACGAGUUUUGUUCCAUGAGAAUAUCACCAACCCACGAGGAUUUGCCAUAGACCCAACUGACGGCGCACGCUACAUGUUUUGGACGGAUUGGGGAGAUCAUCCAAGGUUAGAGAGAGCCGGGCUAGAUGGGUCAAAUCGCACGACAAUCAUCAACACUAAAGUCUCCUGGCCCAACGGUCUGACCAUUGACUAUCCAACCAAGCGGGUGUACUUUGCCGACAGUAGGCUCGAUUACAUUGACUAUGCAAACUAUGAUGGAUCUGGAAGGCAUCAGGUUGUUGCGAAUGACCACUUUCUACAGCACGUUCACGCACUGGCUCUGUUCGAAGACACUGUCUACUGGACGGACAGAGAGAGCAAUGCAGUGAUGAGCUGUGACAAAUUUGCCUGCACCAAUCAGAGCAUAGUCCUAAGAGGACUCAACAAACCACUGUAUCUGAUCGUGCAUCACCCAGUUAGACAGCCUAAAGCGUCAAACCCAUGUGCUGGCAAGCCAUGUAGUCAUCUGUGUUUGCUGUCACCAAAACCACUAGGCUACAGCUGCCAGUGUCCCAUGGGCAUGUUACUUGACUCGACAUUGAAGAAGUGCAAGAAGGAUGAUAAGGAAUAUCUGAUGUACAUGCGCAAGAAGCCAGGUCAGAUUGUCGGAAGGAGCAUCGACCCAAAGACAGAGCUGUUCAAUGGCUUUGUGCCCGUCACCGGCAUUAAGAACACGGGUGACUUUGACUACGACAAGCGUGAGCAGUGGAUUUACUGGGUUGAGAGUGAAAAACCGGCAACCAGUCCUACUGCUUCUCCAAGCAGUAGCAAUGAGAAGGUGAAGAUCAUGCGCGUUCACUUUGACGGCACGAACCGCACGGCGUUCGACAACACGUCGAUAAUCGGCAGUGCGGACAGCCUCGCGUUUGACUGGGUCGGACGCAACCUGUACGUCGGCAAUCGCGCGGCAGGACUCAUCGAGGUGAUCAAGGUCGACGGCGACGUGCGCCGCCGCAAGGUCAUCCUGCAGCACAACUCGUCGCGCACGGGCGUCUCCGACCCUGCCGCCAUUGCUGUCGACCCCAUACACGGCAAGCUGUACUGGUUGGAUGAGGGUGGACAGGGUGUGCCUAGGAAGGUGGCGUCUGCAAACCUGGAUGGCUCUAACCCAACAAUUCUUGUCUCUUCUAAUCUGCACAACCUUGAUUACAUCGCAGUGGACAUAGCAGACAAUAAUGUUUACUAUACAAUGGCCGAUGCAAGCUGGAUCGAGAAGGUGUCAACGUCGUCUGGUGCACGCAAGCAUCUGGAGCACUACGUCGCGUCACCGCAGGGCAUCGCCGUGCAGGGCUCCUACCUCUAUUAUGGCGACACUGCUUACGAGAAGCUGGGUCGCCGCGGCAAGGAUAACGGCAUCGACGACAACAAGGAGACGGUGCUGCUCAGGAACACGCCCAACAUCAUGCAAGUGCGCAUCGCCAUCGACCGUCCGAAGCCAACUGAUCAUCCGUGUCUGAUAAACAAUGGAGGGUGUGAGCAUAUCUGCAUUCCAAUGGGUGACACGAGCAGGAAGUGCGUCUGCUCAACGGGCUUCAAGCUGACCAAUGAAACGCACUGUCAGAACCACACCUCGUUCCUCGUCAUCUCCACCCUCUCUGCCAUCAGCGGCUAUACACUCAACUCCAGCGAGCACGAGAUGGCCUUCCCACCAGUAGGUGGCACUGAGGGUUUCCAAGCCCUGCACGUGGCUGUACAUGUUGCCGAAAAGUGGAUCUAUUGGUGCAAUUUCGACGAUAAAGGCGAUAAGAAUGGGAUUCAUCGGAUGCACCCUGAUGGCUCUAAUCUUGAGGACAUUGUCACUUCCGGCAUAGGCAAGAAUGGCAUACGUGGCCUCGCCGUGGACUGGAUUGCUGGCAACGUGUACUUCACGAACGCCGGCUCGCGCUUCACCUACCUCGAGGUGAUGAAGCUGAAUGGAAGUGACCGCACAGUGCUGCUCAGCACGCAGGUCGACGAGCCGCGACAGAUCGCCGUCAACCCCGUGCAGCGCUACCUCUACUGGGUCGACUACGGCCAGUUCCCGAAGGUCGUCAUGGCGCUGAUGGACGGCAGCAAUCGGACGGUGAUCGCAGCCGACGACGUCUCGAUGCCGCGCGACAUCACCGUCGACAUACUCACGCAUGACGUCUACUGGAUCGACAGCGACAAGGAGUGGAUACAGAGGGUCGACUACCUGGGCAAGAACAGGAUGACGAUUCGCGAGAACAUUCCGAGCGGCUACGGCCUCGCGAUCUACACCAACUACAUGUACUGGGUCGACCGCAACCUGAAGAAGAUCUUCCGCGCGAGCAAGCAGCCGGGCAACACGUCCGAGCCGGAGGUGAUCAAGAGCGGCAUCGAGAAGCUGCGCGACGUCACCGUGUUCGACAAGAUCAGCCAGCCGAAAGGUACCAGCCUCUGCGUGUUCAGCAACAGUGGCUGUGAGCAGCUCUGCUUCCCAAUGCCCCGCACGUUCCCCAGAUGUGCGUGUUACAGCGGAAAGCUCGCCAGCGAUGGAAAGAAGUGUAUACAGGACGAUGCUUACCUCAUCUAUGUAACUGAAAACUCAGUGCGCAGCGCCUUCCUAGACCCACAGAUUAGCUCUGUGCCAUGGCCACCAGUCACUCAUCUCAAUAUCUCCACGGCUGUUGAGUUUGACUACACGAAUAAGCGGAUCUUCUUCACUCAGUUAGGUGUAGACAAUACGACGGCGGAGCGGAAUCUGAUGGAGCUGUGGUAUUUCUCAGCAACCGACAGGCAGCAAAACCUCCAGCGCCUGCCCAUGAUCGAACGAACAAAUAACCGGGCCGGCAUGCACACGGGCGUCACCUUCACGACGGGCCUCGCCUACGACUGGCUGCAGGACCGGCUCUACUACACCGACAUCGUUGGCCAGGAGCUGAACGCGAUCAGCAUCGACGGCACGCGCCACGUGCAGGUGCUCGCCAACCUCAAGUUCCGCGGCGUCGUGCUCGACCCCUGCGAAGGGUAUAUGUACUGGUCCGAGUCUUCUGGGCCAAAAAGCAGAAUCGUCCGUGGUAGCCUUGGUGGUAGCCAUGUUGAGGUGCUUAUCAGCAGUGACAUCAGGUGGCCUGCUGGCCUGGCAAUUGACAGGGAGGAUCGCAAACUAUAUUGGGCUGACUACUUCCUCAACAAGAUUGAGCGACUGGACCUGAAUGGAAGUAACAGAGAAAUAGUUGUACCUUUAGCUAACAAACCAUCACAGGUCGCUGUGUACAAGGACUACAUAUACUGGAUGGACCGUGAGAACAAUGCUAUCUAUAGGGCUAACAAGUACACUGGUGCUGACAUUGUACCAAUUGUGCACGGAGUGGGCAGUGAACAGCCAGGGUUUGAUCUGAAGAUUUUUGCUCCAGACCUGCAAGUUUGUAAUGCAACUGGCUGCUCGAUUAACAAUGGCGGCUGUGUGAACGCCUCCUGCCAUGAAGCUCCUAAUAACGCCACAAUGUGUGCUUGCGAAUUUGGCAAAAAACUGGCUAACGAAGGCAAGAUGUGUGUGCCUAACACUGCAGGUUGCCUACCCAACUACUUCACCUGUCUGGAUGGUAGCUGUGUGCUGUACCGUUCUGUGUGCGACAACACAACUGACUGCAAAGAUAAGAGCGAUGAGGAUCCAACAUUCUGCAGUGCACACACCUGUUCGCCCGACAGCUUUGUCUGUGGCACAGGACGAUGCCUACAGCAGAGAUACCGUUGUGACCAUGACAACGACUGUGGUGAUGGCUCUGAUGAGGCCGAGUGUGUGUUCCCCACGUGCGGAAUUGAUGAAUUCCGCUGCGACAACUUCCGAUGUGUGGACAGGGCUGCGGUGUGCGACGGCGUCGACCAAUGCCGCGACGGCAAGGCGUCGGACGAGCUGGACUGCCCGCAGCGCGUGUGCCCGCGUGGCCAGGUGCGCUGCAACACGACCAACAUCUGCAUUCAGCCGUGGUGGCUGUGCGACGGCGACGACGACUGCGGCAACAGGGAGGACGAGAACCCGUUCUGGUGCAAGCAGCAGUCGUGCCCGCCCGAGGAGAACUUCCGCUGCAAGAACACCGAUCGCUGCAUCCCGUCGUUCUGGGUGUGCGACGGCGAUGGUGACUGUGGUGACGGUGACAUGGCCGACGAGGAUCCGAGCUUCUGCAACACGACGGUGAAGACCUGCUAUGGUGACGUGUUCACGUGCGAUAACGGCAAAUGCGUCGCCAAGGUGUGGCUGUGCGACGGCGACGAUGACUGCGGCGACCGAUCGGACGAGGAUUCUACGAAGCUGGAGUGCGCAUCUAACUACACGUGUCCUGCGAACACGUUCGAGUGUGCGUCUAACGAGAAGAACACGCGCUACAGCUGCAUCCCGCGCACGUGGGUCUGCGACGGCACGCCCGACUGUGCCGAGGGUGAGGACGAGAAGCAGAACUGCCCGCCGCCGCCGAGCUGCCGCGACACGGAGUUCACCUGCACUAACGGCCGCUGCAUCAAGCAGUCGUUCAUGUGCGACCACGUCAACGACUGUGGGGACGGCAGCGACGAGCCGCGCAACUGCACUUACAGGAAUUGUACAGACGAGGAAUUCAAGUGUGAUAACGGACGCUGCAUGAAGAAGUCUCUCAUGUGUGAUAAGGUUAAUGACUGUGGAGAUAACUCGGACGAAACGGACAAGAGUUGCCUCGAGGAGAAGGUGACUUGUCCAGCAAGUUCUACACCGCAGUUCCAGUGCAACAACGGGCAGUGCAUCAAGUACGAGCUAGUCUGCAAUGGGCAGCUUGAUUGUAAUGACAGCUCAGAUGAGCCGCCACACUGCGGCGUGAACGAGUGCGCCGUGGUGCAGAUGAACCAGUGCGAGCACACAUGCGUCAACACUCUCACCAGCUUCUAUUGCAAGUGCAACCCUGGCUACACCCUCAUGCAGGACGGCAAGGCUUGCAAAGACAUGAACGAGUGCAUGGAUACGCCCGGCGUGUGCUCUCAGAUCUGUGUCAACACUCCCGGCUCUUACAACUGCAAGUGUGAUGUAAAUAAUGGCUACGCCGAACAGGGAGAUGGACGCUCGUGCAAGAAGUCUGAUAAUAUAACGCCAUGGAUACUGUUCACCAACCGCUACUACAUGCGAAACAUGUCCUUGGAUGGUAUGUACUACUCGAUCGUAAAGGACGGAUACAAGAACCUUGUCGCGCUCGACUUUGACUGGCAGGAACAGAAGAUUUACUUUAGCGAUGUGUCGAUGCGUAAAAUACAGCGUAUGAACUUCAACGGCUCAGGUGUUGAGGAGCUGGUCACAGACAACAUACGAGCGCUCGAGGGACUAGCUGUCGACUGGGUCGGCCGCAAGAUGUACUGGCUCGACCGGCGUCAGCGCACGAUGAACGUCGCCGAGUUGAACGGUACCAGCCGCUGGACUCUGAUACAGCACCAGAUGGAAGAGCCGCGUGCUGUCUCCGUCUUCCCACAGAUCGGAUAUAUCUACUGGACAGACUGGGGACUAAUUCCCUACGUUGGUCGGAUCGGUAUGGAUGGAACAAAUCGAUCAAGGGUUAUUACUGACAAGAUGUCAUGGCCAAACGGGCUAACUAUUGAGUAUGUGACACAGCGCUUGUUCUGGACUGAUGCGCAUUUGGAUAGGAUAGAAUUCGCAAACCUUGAUGGUACCAACCGACACGUGAUCACUGACAGUGGACUAGCUCACCCAUUCGCUCUCACCAUAUUUGAGGACUGGAUCUACUGGACCGACUGGAACACGCUUGGAUUGUACAGGGCUCACAAACUUACGGGAGAAAACAGACAAGUUUUGGCCAAUGUCACCCAUCGACCCAUGGAUGUGAAAAUUAUACACCCUCUGCGUCAGCCCAUGAGCAAGAACCCCUGUGGAUCGAACAAUGGCCGUUGCUCGCACCUGUGUUUGAUUGCGCCGGGCGGGGAGAGCUACACCUGCGCCUGUCCUAAUCAUUUCAUCCUACAGUCGGACAAUAUGACUUGUACAGCCAACUGCCCUGCUGGGCAGUUCCAGUGCGGCCGCAGUGAUGACCGGUGUCUUCCAUACCGGCUCAAGUGUGACGGCGUACCGGAUUGUAAGGACGGCUCCGACGAACCACCAGAGUGCCCACCACGCAGCUGUCCCAAAGGUGAAUUCCAGUGCAGAAAUGACAACUGCACAAAAGCUUAUGCCCUGUGUGACGGCGAUGAUGACUGCGGUGAUAACAGUGAUGAACAGGACUGUGACGAUAGACCUUGUGAGCCGUGGCAAUUCAAGUGUACAGAUAGUGGACGGUGCAUACCAAAAGCCUGGCUGUGUGACAUUGAUAAGGACUGCAAAGAUGGUUCUGAUGAAACGGAUGCUGUAUGCAAAAAUAGAACUUGCGACACGGACGAGUUCAGCUGCAAGAAUGGCCGCUGCAUACCAGAGUCGUGGAAAUGUGACUAUGACAACGACUGUGGCGAUGACAGCGAUGAGCCAUACAAUGAGUGCAGGAACAAGGCGUGUCCGGCCGGCUGGCAGCGCUGCACGGGGGGCAACUCGUGGCGCUGCAUCCCACGCUGGCAGUUCUGCGACGGCAACGACGACUGCCAUGACAACACGGACGAGAACGUGGCGACGUGCCCUACGUGCGACGCAGACGGCGACUUCCGCUGCGGCAAUGGCCGCUGUGUGCCGAAACGCUGGGUGUGCGACUUUGAGAGUGACUGCAAAGAUGGCUCCGACGAAGAGGAGACCAUGUGCCAGAACAAUUUCCGCCAAUGUUCGGAGUCAGAGUUCCGUUGUGACAACAACAAGUGCAUUAAUGGCAGAUGGCGCUGCGAUCACGACAAUGACUGUUCCGACAAAAGUGAUGAGAAAGAUUGCUUGUACUACAAAUGCAAAUUUUCCGACCAAUUCCAGUGUGCCAGUGGUCACUGUGUUGCGAAUACAACACGCUGCGAUGGCAAGAAGAACUGCCAUGACCUGUCGGAUGAGAAGGACUGUCCACCCCGCUUCCCAGGCGGCCGUUACUGUCGGCCAGAGAAGUUCCAGUGCGACAACACUCUCUGUGUGGACAUGUCAGCCAGAUGUGAUGGCAUGGACGAUUGUGGAGAUAGGUCUGAUGAAAAACUGGAGCAAUGUUAUCAAAUCGAUUGUCCAAGUGAGACGAAGUUCCGCUGUAAGAAUGAGGUUUGCAUACCGAAGUAUCGGCUGUGUGAUGGUGUAGACAACUGUGGGGAUGGCUCAGAUGAGAACAACUACACCGUGUGCAAGCCUAAGCCACUUAAUUGCACCGUCAAGGAGUUCAGGUGUGCCAAUCAGAAGUGUGUGCCAGCCAGUGCUCUGUGUGACGAGUAUGAUGACUGUGGCGAUAGAUCUGAUGAACUUAGCUGCCACAAGGCUGGCACGGGCUGCGGUGCAAACAACGGAGGCUGCUCGCAAAUGUGCACACCGACGACAAACGGCCACCUAUGCAGCUGUAACUCUGGCUUCGCCGUGUCGCCAAAGGAAAAAACCAGCUGCCUCGACGUCGAUGAGUGUGCGACUUUUGGCCACAACUGCUCGCAGCUCUGUGUCAACGUGAAGGGAUCGUACGGCUGCGAGUGUCUGCCAGGAUUCGACGACGUCAUGUCGUCUGGGCGAAAGGGCAUGAACUGCCGCGCGUUGGGCAAGCCGGCCGUCAUCCUGUUCUCGAACGGGCCGGAGAUUCGCAGCUACAAGCUCGUCGACAAGGCGCAGCUCGAGUACGGCGACCUGAUUGCCAACCAGAAGCUCAUCCAGGCGAUCGACUACGACCCGAAGCGCAACCUGCUGUACUGGGCCGACGGCGAGCGCAAGAAGCUGGUGCGCGCGAGCAUGGUCGGUCCGAACGACGUCGGGCAGCCGCAGCAGCUGCUCGACGCGCAGAAUCCCGAGGGCAUCGCUGUCGACUGGAUCGGCAGGAAUCUCUAUUUCACUGACGGUGGUCGAAGACGAAUUUCUGUUUCCACUUUGGACGGACGUUAUCCCAAAACGAUCGUGGAGGAUAACUUGCAGCAACCUGGAGAUGUUGCAGUGAAUCCAGAACUUGGCAUGCUCUACUGGACGGACUACGGCUCCACGCCUAAGAUAGAGUCGGCGUACAUGAACGGAGAACACCGCAAGGUGCUGGUCAAGACGGGCCUGAGCAAGCCUACCGGUCUCGCUAUUGAUUAUUCGGCAAAUCACCGCGUGUACUGGUGCGAUCACAAGCAGGAACUCAUCGAGUCGAUGAAUGCGGAUGGCUCCGACAGACUUGUUAUCCUCAGGAAAGAUUUAAAUAAGCCGUACAGACUGGACGUGUUUGAAAAUUGGCUGUAUUGGGUCUCUCAUGAUACCGGUGCUGUGUACAUGCAAGACAAGUUUGGUCGUGGAGUCAAGGUCACAGUACAAGAUGGAUUGAACACCGUGACGGACAUCAAGAUCUUCCAGAUACAUCGCUACAACCAGACGAUACAGUCUCGCUGUCCGGAGAACUUCUGCUCACACCUGUGUGUGCUCAUCCCUGGUGGAUACAACUGCAUGUGUCCCGAUGGCUCCAACUUCAUUCCGGGAAGUAGGGAAACGUGUGAUACCGAUUUCCAGGAGCCGAUACCAGCACCGCGCAUAUGCACGUGUGAGAACGGGGGAACAUGUUACUCUGCGCAUGAUGGUUCAGUACUCUGCAGAUGUCCAUUAGACUUCACCGGCGACCGUUGCGAACUAAUACAGCCGAAGAGUAGUCAUGUACAAUCUGGCGCCAAAAACAGUGGAAAACUGGCGGCCGCCAUUAUCGUGCCGAUUGUCAUACUGCUGAUAGUCCUAGCACUGCUGGCCGUGUUCUUGUUUGUCAAGCGUCACAGCCUAGGCCUUGGUGGAGGCAAGCUGGGGAGCAGCACGAGUGUGUCGUUUAGAAGUGGCAGCAACAUGGUGCAGUAUGAUGGCUCAGACAUGCCGUAUGGUGAUCAGGAGCAGAAUGGCGUGUUAGAUGCCACGGCCAGUGGUAAGGCUACAGACUUCAGUAACCCCGUCUACGACUCUGUAAAUCUGGAGGUUAUGAACCCAGAGUCGAAGAGCAUGCCACCGAUUUCUGGGAGCGAGUAUGACACUGUCGACAUACAGCCCAGCAGUGGAGCAGUUCAAACCUCUAAUGGGAAAAGUAUACAACCAGAUGAUAUAAAGGUGAUGGUUCGGCAGACGGCCCUGAAUCCCUCGUCUAAGGACACAGAGAAGGAUACUGCUUUGCUUGUGGAGGAGGAUGCUAGCAUGGUGUAAUUGCCGUCAUGUAAAAAAAUGUUAUAUUGGUCAGCAGCAAUAUUUUUUCUGUCAAAAUUAUUUUAUACGAGUGAUUGAGAGCACCUCGCACUCCUUAACCCCAAAGCUGUCUGUUGUAAUUUUUAAUAUUAAGGUGACAUUCCGUUAUCAUUUAUUAGGAAUGAAAAGAUUUAGCAUCCCGAAAUGUUUACCCAGAUCUAUUCUAGAAUCUCGAGGGUGAGAGUGGUGGCGAAUUUUAGAUAUCUCAUGGUUUUUAAAUUAAAGUAGCAUUUUUGCUACAGUAUAAUGUUGGUUACCAAUUUUUGGACCACUACAUAGGAGAUCAUGAUGCGUUGGUUUUAAGCAGCAGAAAAACAUGUCUGUUUACUAAAUAGAAUAAAAACAUUACUAAUUAAAUAUAAGAAUAUUAGAUGGGCAAAAUUUUACCAGUUUAAACAGUGCAACAGUAAGCUAUGGUAAUGCAAACGUGUGAUCGUUGAAAUAUUAAGCAAUUCAAAAUUCCACCAUUUAGUCACGAAAUAGUGCAUUACAAGGGUACGGGGAGUAUAGCACUGUGUGUAAAUUUCGUCUCGUUUAUUUUUUUAGCUUGCAUUGUUCAACUUGAGCGUCAUUUGAUCAUCACUCUUACGCUCACAGUAUAUAGUUGAUUAGCCAGGUUGUUCCAUAUACUCACACGCAGUUGUAUGGAUACCUGUUCAUAUCGGAAAACUCGCACUACUAUUUGUUUAUAUCUGCACAUCGAAGAAACAUUCAGUUAUCACAGCUGAGGUCUCUUAGCUUGUAUUACCACCGGUGCUGCACUAUAUGCAAUUGAGUAUUGAUCAUAGUAAACGUAUAAGUGCGAACAUUCUAAGUAGUAUGUACUCGAGACAGUAGAUAUUGGUGAGGGUAACCAUGGUAACGUGGACUCACGUGACGUAUUCAUUCAUGAGUGUGUUCUGUCAAAUUUCGUAAUCAUGUGCAAUUCUGGAUAUUUACAAGCAAUGCUAGCAGAUUUUAUUGCUAGCAAUCAUACGUAGGCCUUACUGAAUGGUUCAUUUGUUACGUAAGGAAUCCAUUAAAAAUCUUGUUCACGAAUUACCGAUGAUGGGAGGGCGAGUUGCGGGUGCGGGAAUACGUGAGGCGAGAGAUGAUGCGCCCCACGUACUUUUAUUAAUGGGGAGGGUGUUGUUUUACGAGCGCUCUCGUGAGAGACUUGAGCUUUGUGAUAUUGCUAGCAACGUUUACUCGGCGGCAGUGAAAAGCAGGAGCAAUUACGUGUCGCGUUUCUUCCGUGAGCGCAGUCGUGCAGCAUGUCUAUGCAACAGAUCACCGUAGGGGGAGGGGGGGGGCACUGAGAUGUGAGGAUGGCCUGCUGCGAUAUAUGUAUGUGCAUGCAGACUAUGAGCUCUAGGUGCUGUUUGCACGUGUAUUAAAUAUUACUGGUUAUUCUAUAUGCAUAUUUCGAACGAAUCUGUAUAUAAUCUGCAUAUUAAAAUCGUUUUCCCCGUUUUUUUUUUGCUAUUUAGCUCAUUUAGAUUUACAUGAGAUUAUAGAUUUUAUCUCUGUUCGGUUGUGUGGUCUAUCCAGAACUAACCCGGCUGAAUUUACUGUUGGCAGUUGGGCAGGCUUGAUUUAAACAGGUUUUAUCCAAUGAAUAUGUAUACACCUUCACGUGUUACGUCAUUUUAACUUGGCUUAGAAUAAGCACACUGUGAAAGCUUACGGCAUUUGCCAUGUAUUGCCAAGUAAUGUUUGCUCGAUGAUGUACAAACAUUCACUCGUUUUGGGAUACAAAGUGAUUUGAAAGGCAAGUGCGUGCGUAGCAAGCAGGUUCACUACCGUCCAAAAUGGCUCUACAUGUCAUUCAUAAUAUAUAGAUGUCAUACUAUUUUUGUCUGCUCGAGAAGAUUGUUCUAAAACUGGUGUAUUGGUUGAAUCGAGGGUGCAUAAACACACUAAUGUGUAUAUGUUAUUCUUGGUUGCAUUAAUCCACAAAAACAUAAUAUGCCUUCAAACUACAUCACAGUCAUUCUUCAUAUAUAGCCAGCCGGCCACAUAUAGUAGCUUGCCUUACAGAAUUUUGAGUAACCUGAAUCGUCAUCAUCGUCAUUAUCUUCAUGCAUGUGUCAAAGUGCUAUGGUUUUGGUGAAGAAAUAGUGUUGUAACUAUAUGUACAUUGUACGUGUUUUGUAAUAAUAAACUUUUAUCGUGUUAUUGUAAAAAUGUAA